GACUAGCACUUGGGAAUCUACUGUGCAUUCUGACACCAAAGCAAGAGAGUCCCCGAAAGCCUGACACUCCUUGUCAACUGAAAAGGCCACGUAGCUGCAGCCAACAACGACAAAUAGCGACCUUCAACUGCCUUUUCCGUUCAGCAUUCCACGCUCUUGUCCGUGGCUCUUUGCGAACGUCACCAGUUGAAGGGAGACUAGUGGAGACAGAGGGCUCCGUGCUACGCAUGCGCAGACGGCUCCCGCGAGACCUCAAUGCUUGCUCGCGCAGUCAUGGCGGAUGGCGGCGCCUGCGAGGCCCAAAAGCGGAUCGGGCGUGUGGUAAUGCCUGGGGAAGCGCUCCUCUUGCCGGGCCACGCGGAAGCGGACGGCGAGCGGCUACGCCUGGCGGCCAACGGGCCUCAGAAGGGAAGGCUGGUGUGCGGACCGGGCCUGAGGCGCGGCGGGGAAGGCCUGCUGGUCACCAAGUGCGGCCUACUGCGAUACCGCGGCCCCGGAAGUGGCUCCGGAGGCGUUUAUUGGGUGGACUCGCAGCAGAGGCGGUAUGUACCAGUCAAGGGAGACCAUGUGAUAGGCAUAGUAACUGCCAAAGCUGGAGACAUAUUCAAGGUGGAUGUUGGAGGAAGUGAGCAGGCCUCACUCUCUUACUUGGCAUUUGAAGGGGCAACCAAAAGGAACAGGCCAAAUGUACAGGUGGGAGAUCUUAUUUAUGGACAAUUCAUCAUUGCCAAUAAAGACAUGGAACCUGAGAUGGUGUGUAUAGACAGCAGUGGCCGAGCAAAUGGAAUGGGAGUAAUUGGACAAGAUGGUUUCUUAUUCAAGGUUUCAUUAGGCCUAAUCAGAAAACUCUUAGCUCCAGACUGUGAAAUUAUCCAAGAUUUGGGACAACUAUAUCCAUUUGAAUUGGUAUUAGGAAUGAAUGGAAGAAUCUGGGUGAAAGCUAAAACAAUUCAACAGACUUUAAUUGUGGCAAACGUCCUGGAAGCCUGUGAGCACAUGACUGCAGAACAGAGGAAACAAGUAGUUGCCAAAGUGUUAGAAAACUAAUAAAAGGGAGGAAGCAGCUCUUUAAUUUUAUAUUCUGCAUAGAAAUGCUGGUAUAUCUAGACAACAAUAUUUUUUUAACUUUUGUAUUUAAUAAAAAUAAAUGUUACAAUUCCUUUUUUA